AACUUCUACUAUUUUCUUUCAAGAAAGUUCAUACAAACUUUUCAACAAUUUUGUGUUCAAAGUAGAAAACUUAAGACACUAUUUUCUUUUGAGAACGUUCAUGUAACCUUUUCAACAAACGUGGGUGACAAAACUCAACGUAAGAGAGGGAGAGAGAGAGAGAGAGAGAGAGAGAGAGAGGGCGGAAUAGCAGUGAAGAAGGGCAUAGAGGAAGAUACAGAAUUAUGAAGAUGAUGGAAGUGGAAUUGUAGGUGGGUCUGAUAGGGGUGACAUGGAUAGCAAUACCGUUACUGAUAGCAAGAACAACAAUAACAAGAGCAAAGAGAGCAGACAAAGGAGGAAGAGCCAAGUUGGGAUGCCAUUGAUUCUGCUUGUAACCGGUACCUUGGUGUACUACCACUGCGCCUAUCGGAAAGCCAGCUUUCUCUCCUUAGUCUCCGACGUCCUCAUCGUCCUCCUCUGCUCCCUCGCCAUCCUUGGCCUCCUCUUCCGCCAAAUUAACAUCUCCGUACCCGUGGAUCCACUUGAGUGGCAGAUUUCUCAGGACACUGCUAAUAGCAUUGCCGCGCGUUUAGCUAAUACCGUAGGAGCUGCUGAGUCUGUUUUGAGGGUUGCUGCAACGGGGCAUGACAAAAGGCUAUUUUUCAAGGUGGUAGCCUGUCUUUAUAUUCUAUCAGCUUUGGGACGAUUCGUUUCUGGUGUUACAGUUGCCUAUGCUGGGUUGUGCUUGUUUUGUGUGUACCUGUUGGCAGUGAAGUCUCAAUCAAUCGGCCCAUGCAUGUCUCAGUUUCCAAGGGGAAGAAAUGGCACUACUUCAGAGCAGGAGAUCAUCUAGCCUAUCCGACUUGUAAUUCAUCAUGUAUGGCCUCCCCUGUUAUCUUUGCUACAACUGUCGUGGUGACCUUAUUGGGAUAAUUGUGAUUAAAAGAUAAAAGAGCAAGUCGAGAAUAAAUAAAUGCAAUUACACGAUUCUUUUUGCUUCAA